UUUCCUUUCCCAGAAUUUUUUCCUUUCCCAGAAUUUUUUCCUUUCCCAGAAUUUUUUCCUUUCCCAGAAUUUUUUCCUUUCAUUUAUGCCUCUCUUCACACACAGGAGAUGAGCCAGGGCUUGGGUAAUGCUGUAAGUAUUGGCAUGAUUUGCACUUUCUCACACUGCUUGUUGCAAUCCAUGAUCCACACUCUCUUCACUCCCUGAAAGUGAGGAAUUUGAUAGCUGACUAUCAGAGAGCAGUACAUUUUCUUCCUGGAAAUGUACCAGGAUGAUGGGAAAUGAAGGUAAAUUUGUGCAUUUUAUUUGCUCAACCACAUUUUUAAACUCUUGAUGCUGCAUUUAGAUGGAGUGGCAGAACGUUUUCACCACCCUGAUACCACAACAAAGCCAGCGCUGCACUGCCCCAAGCCUGCAGAUAUCACCCACGGGUCUUUCCGUGGCCCAGAAAAAUCAGUAUUUACUCCAGGAACGUCUGUAAACUACAUCUGUGAGCCUGGCUUCUCUCUCCUGGGGACAGCAUCCAUUUAUUGCACAGCUUCUGGAGCCUGGAGCCACCCCCCUCCCAUCUGUCAAGCUGUGAGGUGUCUGCAGCCUCCAACCAUCCCCAACGGGAGGCUGGAAGGCAACAACACCUCUGCCCCCUUUCCCUGGGGAGCCGCAGUGUCCUACAGCUGCAAUCCCGGCUACUCACUGGUGGGAAACGCUUCCAUCAACUGCACAGCAUCGGGGACCUGGAGCCAGCCCCUCCCGCAGUGCAGAGAGAUCAGAUGUGAAUUCCCGGAUGUCCAAGGUGUUAAAAAAGCCAUUAAAGGAAAUACUUACCGCUCUGGGACCAACAUCACUCUGGAAUGUGAUGAUGGUUACACGCUGGAAGGCACCAGUCACACCCAGUGCCAAGAGGAUUUCAGCUGGGACCCUCCGGUGCCAGCCUGUAAACUGACAUCCCCCAAGUCCGGGUCAGUAGGCCUAGGGGUGGCAGCUGCGGCAGUUCUGCUGCUCCUGGGGGCAGGCGUUGUCUGGAAAAUCAUUUCCAAGCAGAAGGAAGGCUAUUAUCGUACAUAUGAAAACUAUAAUUACAGAACCCCCCUGAACCCAGCAACUGAACACAAAGGCCUGUGUCUGCCAUAGGAGGCUGGCCAUCCGUGCUGCUGCUCAUCACACACCGGGCUCGCUCCCCGCAGCGAGGAAAUGCUGCUGAGUGGAGACUGGAAUUCCGUGGCUAAAAGGGAACGUUUUACUGUAAAUCCUUAAUGCUCCUCUGCCCUCAGUAGUUACUGUAAGGAUCUAAUGAGGCUCAGAGUGCACACACAGCGCGGGCGCUGCCUCGGAGGGAAUUCUGUGCGCUGCUCCUGAUGAAGAAUAUUCCCUUUAUCCCCAAAAAACUGGAUAGCCAAGUGGAUAAUCCCAAGCUUUGGUAGGGAGAAACAAUGAAUAAUGGACUGGCCAUAACUCCCUGACUCCCUGUGCUCAGCAAAACAUGCCUGUGCAAGGGUAAUGUGUUAAUUAAUUUCUUAAUUACAGCUGUAUUUACAUCUUUAUCUCCUUCCCGCAAUGCUUACGUGCAGUGUUUCUCUAUCAAUGCUUAACCUAAUAAAA